GCCAAUCUGCCAGAUCUCCCGGAUUUUUAAACCAUCGCGAGCUCCUGAGCAGAGUGGGACGAGAGAGAGAGUGAGAAAUGGCGCCCGAUCACCACCACCAUCCGUCGACCGAUCAGCUGGUCACUCUCUUCCACAAAUCCCACCACGGUCUCACCGUGAUUCAUCACCGGCUCGAGAGGGAGUUUCAUCAGGUUUAUCCCGACAACGCAAAUCCGUUGAAGCUGGUUUCCAGGAUCAAGAAGGUGCUGGAUGACGUGUCAUCCUUGAAAGAUCAAUGCCAGGAACUUCUGGCAGCCAAACAGGAGUUAAUUGACCAGGCACGGACAACUCUUGUUGGAAAUAGAAGCUUACUCAGGAAGAUGCAAGCAUCUAUGUCCAUUCCCUUGACGAGUGAUUCUGAAGAUCCUGCAUAUGCCAACUUUAACCAGAUUAUUGACGAGUGGACGAAGCAAGUCCAAUCAGCAUCGGUUGGUUGUUCAGAUUCAGAGUGCAUGUGUAAAUAAAACCCAAGUCUACAUAGCUUUAGAAGUGGAGGACUGCUGUUUGGACUUGUGACUGCUAGAACCGUGAUUAUGUAGGCGACUCGCCUUUCAUCAUCUCUUAAAGCUGCAAAGAAAUGAAAUUGGGCGUAGCACAUAGAGCUUGGCAGCGAAUUUUGGCUGACUAUGGAAGCGAGCAAAAUGUCUGGUGAGAACCAACAUUAUGAGCAAAUAUCUCAAGCAGUUUCCUACCAUUC